UCCCUUGACUAAGGGCAAAGUUCUCUUUGGUGACAGCAGAGACCAUAUAAUAAUAUACGGUCUCUGGUGACAGCUGUAAUUGGUAUAACCUGCAGCUUCAUUAGGUUAGAAUAAUCAAUAUUCUGGUAACAUGAUAUCAUAGAGUUGAAUAACUUUGUUGUAUAUUUUUUGUCAGUGUAGAUCUAGAACAACACUAUGGGAAGACGCAAGAUUCCUCUACAACCACACGGUUUUGUUAAGCCAGGAUUUGAGCUUGUAUGGCAAGUGUUCAAAAACAGCCUUGAGUCAGGCAGUGAGAAGGGAGCUAGUUUUGCCGCCUACCACAAGGGGGAGCUGGUUGUGAAUGUGUGGGGAGGCUGGGCAGACCAGGAGUCUCUCCGACCUUGGAAGGAUGACACAGCAUCUUUCUUCUUCUCAACAACAAAAAGUUUGUCAUCGGUGGUAAUUGCCCACCUUGUGGAUAGAGGAUUGCUGAGGUAUGAAGAUCCCAUCUCCAAACACUGGCCAGAAUUUGCUGAAAAUGGCAAAGGGAAGAUAACUCUGGAGACAUAUAUUAGUAACAGGUCAGGAUUAGCUGAAGUAGAAGAACCUUAUCAGUUGUCAUGGUUACGAAGUGAUCCUCAUCGCCUUGGUGUUGUUCUAGCCCGAGCAAAGCCUCUAUGGGAACCAGGGAUGCAUCAUGGGUAUCAUCCAAUCACGUUUGCUCUGUACCUGGAUCAGAUCGUGAGGCGAACUGACCCACAGAGACGAGGUCUAGCUCAGUACUUUGAGGAGGAAAUAGCAAAACCUUUUGACAUUGACUUCAACAUCGGAAUGCCGAAACAACUCCAACACAGAACGACCCGCUUACAUGUUGAUAUGCAGGCACUCCGGGAUUACUAUAGCAACAAAGCGGGGAACUUCGCUGGAGACCCCGAGAUCUUCGCUCUGACCCUGAAGAACCCACAGGACUGGAAAAGAACCCAGUCUCUACAUGACCCGGACUUCAUGGAUGUGCCCUGUGGAUCGUCUCAUGGGGUAGGCACAGCCAAGGCUGUGGCCAAGUUUCAUGGCAUCCUGGCUAAAGGGGCAGACAGUAAUGGACGCAGGAUUAUCUCCCCUGAUGCCAUAAAGAGACUGCAGAUUCCACUGUCAUGGGGUGCUGACAAGACAUAUGGAGGGAGUGAUAUCUACAGCCUUGGCACAAGUCUACUACCUGUAGAGGAAGCUGGUCAGGUUCACUACAUGGUUGGUCAUGGAGGAUUUGGAGGCCAAUUUGCCCGCAGCAGAUACCAAACAUCACGUCGGAUUUGCCUAUGUUUCCAACUUCCUUGACCCUCUUGCUACUGUGUCAAAGAAGACAAAAUGGCUGCCUCUGUACGAAGCGCUCUUCCAGUGUGUUCUGCAGGUGGAAGGGGUGACAUACGAACGGAAGACAUACAGCACCUUCUCUGACGACCUUCAGCCU